AUGCUUCCAACCCCAUACAUUAAAUGCGAUUACAAUAAAGUUUAUGAACCUUCAGAGGACAGUUUUUUGGUCCUUGAUUCUUUGGAAAAAGAUUUAGUAUAUUUAAGAGAAAAAUUCAAAAAUAGAGUGACUUUUGUCUGUGAAUUGGGUCCUGGAUCAGGUAUCAUCACAACUUUUAUGAUUCAAAAUGAAAUUCCAAAUAGAUCCAAUUCUUUAUAUUUUUCUGUCGACAUUAAUCCAUGGGCCCUAGAUACUACUUUAACCACUGCAAAGUUAAAUGGUUGUUCAGAGACUAAUUGUUACUUAGAAUGUAUCCAAUCUGAUCUUACCACCUCAAUUAGAAAGAGACAGGUAGAUAUUUUGGUAUUUAACCCUCCAUAUGUACCUGCAGUAAAUGUUCCUGAGAUUCCUUCAAGUAAAGAAAAUCUUGAUCAAUGGCUUGAUCUUGCGCUAUUAGGAGGAAAGGAUGGAAUGGUCAUUACCCAAAGAGUUAUAGAUCAAUUAGACGAUAUACUCUCUCCCACUGGUGUUGCCUAUAUUUUAUUUUGUGCGAGAAACAAACCUGAACAAAUAGUAUCUAACAUUAUAGAGACUUGUGACCUAUGGAAUAUUGAUUUGGUUAAACAUAGAAAAGCAGGUUGGGAGGUACUCUCUGUAUAUCGCUUCAGUAGGAAAUAA